ACCCAACCAAACAGUUCUCCGAAUUCACAAAAAACAGUACAGAUAUGGUGCUGUGGUCAUAUCCACCAACGCCGAGACAGCUAGGCGUGACGGUCUGCUUCUUUGUCACCGGCGCUUCACUCUUGGCGGCUGGGAUUCACCUCUCCUACGCCAACGUAGGACCCCAACAAGCUCGUGCCAAAGCCCGAAGCGAUUUCGUCAAACAGAGCCUCAGGAAGCUUCUCGACGACUAGCUAGCUUUGUUUACUAUUAACAACCACCACGCCCUUGAUGGUAGAACUGCAAGCGCUAAGCAUGGCAAUAGGAAUGCUAUGGGAAUGCCAGGAAUGAUUAAGGAAAACCCACUGAGAGCGAGAGGAAUGUAGCAGAUUUAUGGCAUGAGCAAGAUGCUUCCUUAAAAUAGUUUUUGAGGCUGUUUCUGAGAGGAUUGGUCCGAUUGAAUUUGCUUUUGGACGAUAUCAUCUCACAAGCACAAAAACAAAGCUCCUUUAUAAGGGUGAAAACAUAUUGUUAGUGCCAUCAUUGUAGCAAGUGUUUGGAUGCUUUUCUAAACCUCCUAGAAAAAUUGAUGUGUUUUGUGAAGCUUAUGUAAUUUCUAGGCUAAAUUACAUUUUUGGCACAUAAAGUUUGGGACUAUUUUCACUUUGUU